AGCCCCUCCCCGCGGCGAACUAUAGAGCGGAGGCACUUGGAGCGCUCAGGGCUCGGGAGCCGCCGGGAUUGGAGGGACUGGAGGGACUGGAGGGAUCUGGAACCUGGGCCAGGAAGUGGCCUUCCAGGCGCGGGACAGAGUGCAAACGGGGAGCCAGCCCGCCUCAGUUCGGGUCAGGCACACGCGAGGGGCAGCCCCGAGCGCAGUCCCAGAAGCCCCUGCGCCGCCCGGGUCCUGAAGGGCCACCCGGUCUUCCGCCGCACGUGUCUUCAGCGAGAUGCCCAAAUCCAAGCGAGACAAGAAAGUUUCUUUAACAAAGACUGCUAAGAAAGGCUUGGAACUGAAGCAGAACCUGAUAGAAGAGCUUCGGAAAUGUGUGGACACCUACAAGUACCUCUUCAUCUUCUCUGUGGCCAACAUGAGGAACAGCAAGCUGAAGGACAUCCGGAAUGCCUGGAAGCACAGCCGGAUGUUCUUUGGCAAAAACAAGGUGAUGAUGGUGGCCUUGGGUCGAAGCCCAUCUGAUGAAUACAAAGACAACCUGCAUCAGGUCAGCAAGAAGUUGCGAGGUGAAGUUGGCCUCCUCUUUACCAACCGCACCAAGGAGGAGGUGAACGAGUGGUUCACAAAGUAUACAGAAAUGGAUUUUGCUCGAGCUGGGAACAAAGCAACUUUAACAGUGAGCCUGGAUCCAGGGCCCCUGCAGCAGUUCCCUCAUUCCAUGGAGCCACAGCUGAGGCAGCUGGGCCUGCCCACUGCACUCAAGAAAGGUGUGGUGACCCUGCUAUCUGACUAUGAAGUAUGCAAGGAGGGCGAUGUGCUGACUCCAGAGCAGGCCCGUGUCUUGAAGCUUUUUGGGUAUGAGAUGGCUGAAUUCAAAGUGACCAUCAAAUACAUGUGGGAUGCCCAUUCGGGAAGAUUCCAGCAGAUGGACGAUGACCUGCCCGAGAGCGCACCUGAGUCUGAGGGAGAAUCAGAGGAAGAGGAUGACAGCUGAUUGCAGGAUGUGGGACUAAGGCCUUCUAGCAAGUUCUUCAUCGCCAUUGGACCACCAGGACUGCUGUCGCCCCUUCUAGGGGGAGCAGCUAUCUAUUUUGCUAUGGAUAGAGACAAGGGAGGGUGCUGGGGCAGGACUUUGUUUCUACAAAGAAUAAAAUUUUGUCCCCGGGGUUUUCCCUGUGGACAGCAAGAGACUUUUCCUAGGAAGAAGGCCUUCAGCUUUGUGCUUCUGUUUGGGGCCUGCAUGGCCUGGCUCCUUGACAGCACAGCACUGCAGAUAGCUGACAGCAGCCUGCAGAGUUGGGGGUACUCUCCAGCCCUUUGUCUGGAAUGGAUUUGCUGAGGACAUUUAGUGCCCUGACAACUUCAUCGCUUAUAUGUGAACAUGCACACACACAGACACACAAACCAGGGCUAAGCCUGACACAUGCCAGGAACAAGGGCUUGUCCCUAAGGCAGGGGAAAGCCACUGCUGGAGUUGGGAGCAAGUGGUUUUAUUGACCCAGACGCUCUCACUGUGUAGCACAGGGUGGACUUGAGCUUGCAGCAAUCCUCCAGCCUCUGCCCCUAGUGCUAGGAUUACACCUGUGUGCUACCACACCUGGCUGGCUAGUUGUGCUCCACAGGAGGGGAGAGCUAUAUGAACUCAGUGGUAAAGUAUGUGCCUGCCAUGCUUAAGGCCCCAGGUUCCUUCCCUGGCAGCACACAGAAACUGAUGCAGGUUGUUUGGCCUCUAGACCCUUCAGGUUUCCUGACCUCUGCCCUGGAGAAUUUCAAGUGCAGAGAGACUACCAAGACUGAAUAGAUGGGCCUUGGCUCUUCAAAAUCAUGAACACAAAACCCAGGACAAGCCAGUGCAUUCAUGCCUGUAAUCCCAGUGCCUCAGGAAGCUGAGGUAAGAUUAAAGGUUUGAAGUCAAGCCAGACAUGAUAACACCCACAUUUAGUCCCUCUCCUGAGGACUAAAAAAAAAA